GACAUCGCCCACUUGGCACGGACCUGCAAACGUUUCUCUAAGCUCGUCACACCCUUCCUCUUUGACUACGACAUCAAAAAGAAUUACGCCUCUUCCCUGCUGCUGUCCGCGAAAAGGGGAAACUACCCUGGCAUAAUUGAGUCUUUGAGAUACGGUGCCGAUGCAAAUACGAAAGACCACACAGAGUUCACUAUCGAACAUACACCCUACGAAGAGACUUAUCAGAAGACCUGGCGACGCCCGCUCGAGACGGACCUGACAUCUCUACACUGGGCAGCAUUCAACCGAGAUGAAAAGUCACUAGCUUUGCUUAUACAUCAUGGCGCUGAUGCUAGCCUUAGGACAGAUAUCUGGCCAACGCUGAGAGCGAUGCCUAGCUCCAAAAUCUCCAUGGGUGUCCUAUCACAACGUCUCAGGUUGGGCGCGAACGCGCUGUACUUUGCCUUUGCCUUUGUAGCCGAUGAUCAGGCAGGGUCCUACACAACCACGAAUACAUCUACGCCCGUUCGGGCGGUAAUGGACCUGCUCAUCGCAGCCGGUGCAUCUCUCACGACACAUGAAAGCACUCAGCUCAAUUCGCUGCAUCAAGCAUGCGCCAACUGGGACGCUGUGGUGGCUUCGCUUCUUCUCACGAGGUACAAGGUUGAUCCAAAUAUUCGGGACGCCUUUGGGAACACACCGCUUCAUCACUUUGCGGCGUGCCAGCUCAAGGAUCGCCGUGACCCUGAACCAGUCAUUCAGGUUCUCACAGAUCAUGGUGCGCAUUUUAAGGCACUGAAUGCUAGCGGCAUGACGCCAAUAGAUCUGGCGAAGAAAUAUCGCCAAGAUGACAACGUGAUUGCA